AUGUAUCAAGAUUCUCAACCAAAAUCAAGAACAGAAUCUUAUAAUCCACCGAAUGAGCGAAAUAGUGAACAGGGAUCAUUGACUUCGAAAGAAAUAACGGAAGGAGUUGGAACAAUUAAUAUUGGUGGAAGAAAAAGUUCGGAAUCAAUUGAUAUGAGGAAAAUCAGAGAAAGUAAAGAGACAAGAAAUCCAUCAGUCGAAUUUCUGCCUCGUGUGCUUUCAAAGUGAGUUUGAAAAUUUUUAUCAAAGAUUUUAAUCAAUUGGUUUCCAUUGCAGACCAAAAAGUAUUAUUGAAUUAAAAACACGUGAGAAUUAAAAAAGUAGGUCAAGUGACGUGGAUUUAAAAACAGUAUAGGUAGCCAUGUCGUCAAUUGCGAUGCGGUUCUGCGAUGCGUGUUGACCUCGAUAUUUUCCAUUGGAUUUUCCAAAUUUUCAUUUCUAAAAACGUGUCGCUCACACGCAUCGCGACUGACGACAUGGCUACCUAUACUGUUUUUAAAUCCACGUCACUUGACCUAGUUUUUUAUUUCUCACGUGUUUUUAAUUCAAUAAUACUUCUAAUGAUAGAGAAGAAAAUCCAAAAAAUGAAGAAAGAAAACAAGAAAAUCAUCAAAAUGAUCGACCGAUUCGAAGACAAAUCUCAAUGUCAGAUAAACCUAGAACUUCUCCAUAUAAACGAAGUAAUCGAGAUAUCGAAUCCAAUUCAUCAGCUGGUUCUAGUUCAAUGAAAAAGACAACAAUUGAAUUUUCUCUGAAAGAUGUAGGUUACUCCUAAUAUCUCUUGAUUUUCCAAGAAAUGUUUUAGUUCUCCAAUUUAUCAUAUCCAUAUAUCGAUUCACAUUGCCACGUUGAUUUAAUAUUCAACAAAUUCAAAUGCGAAUCUGAAGAAGGAUUAUCAACCUGGAUGUCGAAGUAUCCAAGAUCUUUCAAUAAAAGUUUCAUCGGUUGCAUUCCAAACUUCAUUGAACCCCAUCUUUUUGUGAAAGAUGAAUCAACGGAAAAAGAUGAAUUUGAUAUGAAAUGGAUUAUAAAAGAAUUGGAUUCAAAUCCAUUAUAUUUGGGUGCGACUUUUGGUUGUCAUCCACAUCAAGUUAAACGGUAAAUUUUUUCAAAGAUAGAAAAUCUACUUUUAAUAUCUGUUUUUCAGUUGGUCUGAGAAGGAGAUAUUCUGGGAGACAUUGGAGAAAAUAUUAAUUGAUAAGAGGUUUAGAUGUAUUGCUGUUGGAGAAUGUGGAAUCGAUCUUUACAAGUAUGUUUUUAUGGAAAAGUUAUUCAUAAUUUAAUAAUUUCUAGAUGCGAAUCAUCAUUAGAUCAACAAAAAUCAGCAUUUCGUCGACAAAUCCAACUAGCCCUCAAAUACGAUAUGGCUUUGGUGAUUCAUUGUAGAACGGGUCGAAACGGUGAUGCCGAAGCGGAAUGUCUUCAAAUUUUGAAAGAGGAAUUGAAAGGACAGCUCAGAAGAUAUUUGCGAAUUCAUCGACAUUGUUAUAUGGAAAAUUGGGAAAAUGCCAAAAAAUGGAUUGAGAUUUGUCCAAAUAUUGUUUUUGGUAAGUAAGUAGGGAAGAUGAGUGGAAAAUUUUCUGUUUUUCUAUAGGUUUCACACCAGCAGUUUUCAAUUUCUCCGGAAGUCAACUCGAAGCGAUUCGAAAUAUUCCAUUGGAUCGGAUUAUUUUGGAAACCGAUGCACCGUAUUUUGUUCCAUCGAUGUUCAAAGAUUAUUUACAAUGGGUCAAUUUACCAGGAACCGGUGAGCAUGGGUCUUUUGAAAAAAAAACAAUUUUAGGGGCCGAAUUAAUUUAUAAAAGUGGUUGGUGUACCAUUUUAUGAUAAUCCAGCCCGAGAUGUUAUUAAAAUAUUAUCGAAAAUCUCAUCGGUACCACGCGCUCCACCGAAAUAAACACGCAACGCAGACCGCGCCGCGCCACAACACACACACAAAUAAGGGAACGAUUCAAAUUCCCUCCCUUUUUUGUGUGUGUUGUGGCGCGACGCGGUUUGCGUUGCGUGUUUAUUUCGGUGGAACGCGCGUGGUACCGAUGAGAUUUCCGAUAAUACAUCGAAACAUUUCUGUAGCUGCAAGCACUGCUCUUCAAAUCGCCAAAGUCAAAAACAUUCCAGUUGGCGAACUCAUGCGACACGCUCUUUUAAAUACGAGAAGAACAUAUUCUUUAUAA